UUGGGUUAUUCCUCCUUUCUCCACAUGAUGGAUACAUUCUCUUGUAAUACUUAUGAACAAAAUCACGCCCCUUUCGACCAUCGCGAUGAUGUUGUUGAUGAUCAUGAUCAUCAUCAUGCUAGUGAUUAUCAAGAAGAGAGUGGAUGGACAGCUUAUCUCGACGAUUUCUCGAAUCAAUACAGAACCCAUCGGGAAGAUAGUGAUCAUCAAGACAAGAGUUCUUGUUCGCUUCUUGACGUCUCUCCUUCUCUGGUCUCAGACGCAGCUACUGAUGCCUUUUCCGGACAGGGUUUUCCUGUUAAUUUUCCGGUGAAGUUGAAGUUUGGGAAAGCAAGAACCAAGAAGAUUUGUGAAGAUGAUUCUCUAGAGGACACGGCUAGCUCUCCGGUUAAUAGCCCUAAGGUCAGUCAGGUUGAACAUAUUCAGACGCAUCCCAGAAAAAAUGAGGACUAUGUCUGUUCUAGUUUCGCUAUGAGAACUACGAGAGGCAUGGGGGAUAAUCAGAUUCAAAUCCAAAAAGGGAAUGAACAAAAUAUGACGAUAAUGAGGAAUCUCGGAGAAGGAAACAUCAACAACAUGGACUUAAGGAGUAAAGGAUUAUGCGUCGUUCCUAUUUCCAUGUUGGCUAACUUUCAGGGUCGCUUCUGAAUGAUAAUCAUCUCUAGCUAAAACAUCCUUGUAAAUUGUGGUGUUUAUAUAUGUACCCAUCUUGAAUAUAUUUGCUUGAUGUGUGUACAUCUUGGUGUGUAUCUGAUAAAAUAACAUAUAUAUUAAUUUUUUUUUUGUAAAAACAUAUAUAUUAAUAUAUAAGGCAUAUCGGUG